GCUGUAUAUUAUUCCUUAGGUUAGUCUCAUAUCCAACAGUUAGUUCGAGUACAUACAGACAAUUGUCUUUGGUCAAAAUUAGUAGAUCAGGACGAUAGUCAUCACCAGUCAUAAUAGAGGGAUUAGAAAAUAAUGGUAAGCUAGUCAGCAUAAAUGGUCUGAAUAUGUUCUGAUGGGAGGUUAUUAGCAAUAAAAUUUAGGAUUGAGUCGUGUCUCCAAGUAAAUCGAUCAAGGUAGGAACUGCAGCCAGCAACAAUGUGUAACAAAGAUUCAGGUUUAAGGCAAAACGAGCAUUCAGAGGACGAGGACAGUCCUCAUCUUUGAAGAUUUUUGCGGGUUGGCAGCGAAUUGUUUAUGUAGCGAAUUUACUUGGGGUAGUGAAAAUUUUGCGAUGCUGGAGAAGAAUGAACCUUGGCAUUUUAACUGAUUUUCCAAUUUAUAUUCUUGAAUUUCACGGAAUGACUUAAUUACUUCUUUUGUCGACGUAUACUUGAUCAUAUUGGGUGUUAGUAUGAUUACAGGUCGAUUUCCAGAGGUGGGUUAUUGAUUCAUUAGGAGAUGACUUCAGAGCACAGCGGAUAGUUGUUUGACAUUGUAUGAAUUUAGUUGAUGGGGGAUAAUGUUCAGACCAAAUUUGUUACUAGUUAGGUAAAUGUUACUAUAAGUGAUCCAGAAAUAGGUGCCUCAAGCCAUUUAUUAUUAUUUCUAAUAAUAAUGACAAUGACAAUGACGAUAAUGAAGUCAUAUCCAUAUCUCGCUGGGGCUCUAUAAUCAUCCGUCCGGAACGGGUAAAUCUUACAUCGGCCUUAAUUCACUCGUGAAUCGUGAUUCAUCCAUGUUGCUUGAUCCAAAAUAAUCAACAGUUGGUUCGUUUUCUUCAACAACAGGUGAUACUUGCUGCAAAUUCUCGUCCCGCCUUAAACGAUGUGACCUACAGUGAACUGCAGAUCAUCACAGAAAAAGUGGCGGCAAUUUGUCCAGUUAUAAAGUAAGUUCAUCUGUGCAUGAUCGUAUAUAUUAAUACCAAUUUAAAGAAACAGAAGUUUCACUGCACUAAAGACAAUAACCAACUACAUUAAAAGGUCUUUUGGCGGAAAAUAUCGGUUUCUUAAAUAUUUGUUUAUAUAUAGGCAGGCAGUAGAGGAGAAACGAUUGGUAAUUAUGGAAUCUGGGACGUUUUCGCCGUGUUUAGAUUUAAGGUAAGACCGUGUUAUUUUUAAUUAUUUCAAGGCAACUUAUGCUUCUGGGUUUAAACAGUAAAUUCUUUGGGAUCAGAGUCGAGCGACUAUAAGUGUGGUUUAAAAAUAGUUAGUUGCCAUGGAGAUAUAGGCUAGUCCACUAUUAUACAGUAUAAGUGGUUAGCAUUUACAUGCACUCUAAAAACCCUCAUGUUAAAAUUUCAUGGUUAACCGAGAAUUAACACUUUUUGAGUUAACUUUAAUAUUCCUGGUUAUAUUUCGCAGUUAUAGUUUAUCUCAUGCACUUCUUACCAUAGUGACAUGAGGCGAAGCCGAGUAUCUUUAUGUCUGAUAAAACACGCACUCAAGCAGCGAAUGUUUUAAAUUGCUUCAAAAAAAUUAAGUUCAUUGGCGAAGUAAUUUUCAAAAAAUACGUACGUUGUGCCUAGUGGAAAACGGCCUUAAGUCGAGAAAAUCAAAGUUAAAGUUUAUGUACUGAUUUUUCUUUGUAUGCUCCUCAUGACUUAUUAAUGCGUUUUUGAAAUUCACUUGUAUCAGGCGUGUUGAUGCUGAUCUUGUAAAGAAAUGCGCAGAUGCUGAUUUGGUUAUUCUAGAAGGAAUGGGAAGGUGAAUAUCAGUUUCCCUGAGAUUAUCAGUGUGAUAGAUGUAUAGUAAAAGUCGUGCGGACAAAUAAAAAGAUCAACUUGAGAAAGCCCUCAAUUUAAAAAAAAAAAAAAACAUUUAGUUCAUCCAAUCUCUUGCAGGACGAUUCACACAAACUAUGACGCGCUAUUCAUCUGUGAGUCACUCAAGAUGGCCGUUAUAAAAAACAAGUGGCUAGCAAAAAGACUUAAUGGAGAAAUGUACAGUGUUGUAUUUCGUUAUAAACCAGGAGUCAACUCGCCGGCGAGACAGUGAACUCAACGUUUAUAGCCUACAAUUUUAGGUAUUGUGAAAUAUAUUAGACUUUUUAAAUGGGGAUUCCGUGGUUUUCAGUUAUUAUAUUGUUAUGGACCUAUUGUGGUCGUCAUGUUUCCUUGUCACACAUACGCAGUGUCCUUAUUCUUACAUGAAGUUUCAGCAGGAGGAUAAGCUGUCGCAGGGGCGUCGGAGCGGCUCUAAAAGUGGGGGGAGGGGCACACUUAUCGCCCGCCGGAUUCGGGUGAUAUUCUAGGGGGUUCCGGAAAAAUUUUAAAACUAGAUUCUCUGAGAUGCCAUUUCCUGCACGUUAUAGAAGGAGAUUUACAGAGUUCUAAAUGUAACAAAAUGUCAUAUAAAUUUCAAAUUGAUUUCUCUACACGCGUAACUGAAAUAAUAUCAAUUAACUUUGUGGUUUAUUAUUGACCCUUGUUAAAAAUAAGUGGGGGGGGGGGCAAGGACAUUUAGGCCCCCCAACUAAAAAAGUGGUCCGACGCCCCUGAGCUGUGGUUCAAUGCAGGAAAACAAAAUGACUGUCCAAAUGAAAUGAGAGACGACCAGGAUAUUAUGUAUUGAAGAGUUAGCAAGCAGUGUAUUCAUCAGUUGUGGAAUCAGAAAUGCAAUGAGUCCAACAUCAAAACUGGACGUAUAGAUUAAAAAAUCGUAUUAUUUGGGGUUUUUUUAAAACUAAUUCAUAAAACUGUCUGGACGAUGUGACAUAAACAUUCAGGAUUUUGAGACAUAAAUCUGACUGUAUAGUUUAUGAUAGCCUGCGUGCAGGCCCAAGGGAACUUGAUAGUGGGCCUGCAACCAUCGCCCGGUAUUUUGAAAUACGCCCCUUUUCAUAACACGCCCCAUUCGCGCGUCAAUUGUCAAAAAAGAACCAAUGACAGCACCCAAAUAUUAACAAACAAACUCGCAUUAAAAUGUUGCGGGGUUUUCUCUGCUUAUUCAGAUUACAGAACACUAAUAAACAAUGUGUAAAUGGCUGCGUUUUAACUCAAAAAAAGCAAGCAACGCAGUCAGUAAUUGCCAAAUUUGCAAGUGCUCAUUUUCAACUAAAAUCGGAACAGGCAAAUUGGGACGAAUUUCAACAGAAAACCAGUCUCAAACUUCAAAUCAUCGGAGGGAAGUCGGGCGACCACAUUAGGAUUUAUAUUAUGUGUGCUUCGCUGUCGCCAUUGGCAUUGUUAUAAAUAAAUUGUCUCACUUAUCAGAUCGUGUGUGCAAUUCUUGUUGGCGGCGGAAAGUGCGAAAUUUAUUUCAUUUGGUAAAGAACUCUACAAAUGGUAAAGAACUCUACAAAAGAAGAGAGCGUUCCGAGUCCAGAUCGUUUCGUUUCAAACGGCAAUUUAAUACCGCCUUCUGUUUCGCUCUCUCUGCGAAGCCUUGUAAAUCGCAAAGUGUUUCGAAUAGGCUUACAGGUCUUACAUGCAACUGCAUCUCAACAUCAACCAAAAGAUAAUUUUCUUGAGGAAGUGAGAACACAUAACGUAUCAACUGAAGUCUGUUUGAAAUUAAUGAAACUCAAGUAAAGGUUACUAUAGUUUACCCCAGUCGUAAUGUUGCUAUUCCAACACCUCACGACAAGCAAUCCCCAUUGGCAUAACGGCAAAAACAUGUCUUCCUUCCAGUAAACAAUAAACAGUCUGUUCUUGUUCCAUUUGUAAUCGAAAAAAGUGAUCAAUUUUCAAAUUUUAAGCUUAUCGAGAGCCUUUGUCUAUGCCUUUGUGAUGAAUCACUGUUCCCUUGGGCCUGCACAAUGGGCUAGGUUAAUUAAUUACCGAUCGCCUCAGCUAGCCAAUGGGAAUUUAGCCGGCGGUUCGGCCGGCGAAAAUCGAAAACAUGGGGUGAUGGUUGCAGGCCCACUAUCAAGUUCCCUUGGGCCUGCACGCAGGCUAAGUUUAUGAAGGCCAUGCGUUGCGUGAUUUAUAUACCGAGAGUAGAAAAAAUUAAUAGUUGUACAAAUAUAGGCCCGAUAAAUCGCGUUAUCUCGUGCAUAUAUUAAAGACUUUUCUCGUGUUGGUGUUUUAAAUUAUAAGCGACUUGAGAUGGACAUAUUUUGACCACGGAAACUUACUUUAAUAUACAAAAUGAAUAAUAAUUAUUAAUAAAAUAUAAAU